UAAUCUCUAAAAAUAACUCUCAUCUCUUUGUUUUUUUCUUUUCUAUGGAAAUCUCUCUCUCUCUUGAAAGAGUGUCCCAGGCAGUAUCCAUAAAACACACGCACCAACACUUCUAUAAAUGCCGUGAGAGCGUUCAAAUGUGAAGAAUCACAAGAACAGAGAGAGGGAGGGACAUAGAGAAUCUCCACCUCCCUAGUUAUUUCUUCAUCCCAAAUAGUAACUCUUUCUCUUUCUCUUCUACUACCUUGCAACAUUAUUGGAGAGAGAGAGAGAGAGAGAGAAAAAUGGGUAAGUGUGUUGGGUGGAGUUUGUCUUGUUGGGUGUUGUUUUUCAUCGUUGGUGUUGCGGUGGUGGGUGCGGCGGCGAAAGUGAAAGGAACGGCGGAGGAGCAGUGCGAUUUGUACACGGGGAGUUGGGUGCUGGAUGAAUCGUAUCCGUUGUAUCAACCCGCCACGUGUCCGUUCAUCGAGCGCGAGUUCAGGUGCAUACCCAAUGGACGCCCUGAUCUGAUUUACACUCACUAUAGGUGGCAGCCACUCGCCUGCGAUUUGCUCAGAUUUAAUGGGCGAGAUUUUUUGGAGAGGAUGAGGGGGAAGAGCAUCAUGUUCGUCGGAGAUUCACUAAGCAGAAAUCAAUGGCAAUCUCUAACAUGUUUGCUUCACUCGGCUGUGCCCAAUUCCAAUUACACACAAGCUAGAGUUGGAGAUGUUUCUAUAUUCACAUUCACCGAGUAUAAAGUCAAAGUAAUGCUAGAUAGGAGUGUGUAUCUAGUAGAUGUUGUUAAAGAGGAUAUAGGCAGAGUGUUGAAGCUUGACUCCAUACAAGGAAGCAAACUGUGGAAUGGGAUUGAUAUGCUCAUCUUUAACACAUGGCACUGGUGGAACCGCAGAGGCCCAACUCAACCAUGGGACUAUAUACAAGUGGGAGAUAAAGUUAUGAAAGACAUGGAUCGGAUGAAGGCUUUUGAAAUCGCACUUACAACAUGGGCCGCGUGGGUGGAUGCCAAUGUCGAUCCUGCAAAAGUGAGGGUCUUCUUUCAAGGGAUUUCCCCAUCUCACUACAAUGGCACCCUAUGGAAUGAACCAAGUGCAAAGAGUUGCAUUCGAGAGACGACACCGGUGACCGGAUCAACAUAUCCCGGUGGAUUACCACCAGCAGUAGAAGUGUUGAAGAGGGUACUAAGUACAAUUAAGAAACCAGUGACACUGCUUGAUAUCACAACCCUUUCUCUACUACGGAAAGAUGGACAUCCUUCAAUUUAUGGACUCAUUGGAGCAAAGGGAAUGGAUUGCAGCCAUUGGUGUCUUUCUGGCGUUCCAGAUGCUUGGAACGAGAUACUUUACAACAAUAUUGGAUGAAAAAUUUAUUAUUCAUUAUUUAAUUGGGGGUUUAGUUGAUUCUUAUAUUAAUUUUAUAUAGACAUUGAUGGGUUUUAAGAUAUUUGUUUACAUUUUUUUUGAACACGAUAUUUGUUUACAUAAAAUAAUGAAUUAGUUCGGAGUUCUUCAAUAUAUUACAUGGUAUAUUUAUAAAUCAAAUAUGGUGAUUCCAGUUAUAAUAAAUUUAUUUUUCAUAUUGUA